AGCAUGACGUCACUUUGUGCGCGUGCGGCGGACCCCUCCUCCGACAGAUGCCCCCUCUCCGUACCCCCACCCCCGUCCCGCAGCCCUGCCUCCCGCCUCCGCCCUCAGCCCCGCUGCUCCAGCUGCUGUAGCCGCCGCCGCCGCUGCCUGCUCUCCGGUGUCCGCGUCCGGGUCCCCCACUCAAUGUAACACCAUGACGGGCAUCGCCGCUGCCUCCUUCUUCUCCAACUCCUGCCGGUUCGGGGGCUGCGGGCUGCAGUUCGACAGUCUGUCCGAGCUGAUCGUGCACAUCGAGGACAAUCACAUCGAUACAGACCCUCGAGUGUUAGAGAAACAGGAACUGCAGCAGCCAACCUAUGUUGCCCUGAGCUACAUCAACAGAUUCAUGACGGAUGCGGCGCGUCGGGAGCAGAAGAAGGUCCAGCCCAAACUCAGCCUAUCACUGGCAGGGGGCAUGGCCAGGAACAACGUGGCCACGCCUCCACGGCACAGCAGCGGCAGCCUGACCCCCCCCGUGACCCCGCCCAUCACCCCCUCAUCCUCCUUCCGCAGCAGCACUCCGACAGGAAGCGAGUAUGACGAGGAGGAGGCGGAGUUUGAGGAGUCUGACAGCGACGAGUCGUGGACCACGGAGAGCGCCAUCAGCUCCGAGUCCAUCCUCAGCUCCAUGUGCAUGAACGGGGGCGAGGAGAAGCCCUUCGCCUGCCCCGUCCCGGGCUGCAAGAAGAGGUACAAGAAUGUUAACGGUAUAAAGUACCACGCUAAGAAUGGCCACCGGACGCAGAUUCGCGUUCGCAAACCCUUCAAGUGCCGCUGCGGGAAGAGCUACAAGACCUCGCAGGGCCUGCGUCACCACACCGUCAACUUCCACCCGCCGAUACCCACCGACGCCAUCCGCAAGCUGCAGCCCUAGCGCCGGUCGCCAUGCCGACGCCAUCCGCAAGCUGCAGCCCUAGCGCCGGUCGCCAUGCCGACGCCAUCCGCAAGCUGCAGCCUUAGCACCGGUCGCCAUGCCGACGCCAUCCCCGAGCCGCAGCCUUAGCGCCGGUUGUCAUGCCGACGCCAUCCCCGAGCCGCAGCCUUAGCGCCGGUUGUCAUGCCAACAUCAUCCGCCAGCUGCAGCCAUAGUGCCAGUUGUCAUGCCGACAACAUCCACAAGCUACAGCCACAAGCGCUGGACGCCAGUGCCAACAACAUUCGCUAGCUUUAGCUGUAGCGCUGGUCGCCGUGCCAACACCACUCCCCCUCGUUUCUAUGCCACACUACAGGUUUAAGUGCAUGAUUUAGAUUUUUUUUUCUUUUUUGUGUAUUUUCAGGAUGAUGCAUCUUUUUGUAGUUUUGUACAUUUGCACAUUUGACCUGUGAUUUCUCUUACUUCUCACCAUGGUGCUAAUCAGGGAAAGAGAUAGAAAAAAGAAAGGGAGGAAAAAAAGUCUGGGAGGAGAGAGAGGGCUGGAACCCGGCUCCUGCUCCCGGGCGGGGUGGGCGGGGUGGGUGGGGCGGGCGGGGGGGAUCCAUUGUGAGCGUGUGGUAGAACACAGUGUUUUAAUGAUGACCCACAGGUCCUAAGAGAGGGGAGUUUUGUGAACGAUUGGAACAUCAGAAGGAUUGUUCUCUGAUAUGGGAGAAAAGUAGAUCCACAUAAAUGUGUGUAUAUAAAUUUAUAUCUAUAUAUAAACUUUCAUAAUCACGUCAUAUAUAAAAUAUAGUUUACGCUUUAUUUCCCAGUUUUAUACAGUAUUUCAUAUAUUUUAAGAGAUUUUUUUCUUUGUUUUAUUGGAUAUUCCCGCCGUUAUUGUUAUUAUGGACAGAACUGCAGCAGGAUCAUUCCUGGGGGUGUGGAGGCCUCUCAGAUCCAGAUGCUGCGUUUGUGUUCAUUCUGUGGGAGGAACCAAGGGCCCCAAAAUCACUGUCCCCUGUGAGAGGAACUGAGGGCCCCAAAAUCACUGGCUCCUGUGAGAGGGUCCCGCUGCACCAGGGGCCCCUGUGAGAGGGUCCCGCUGCACCAGGGGCCCCUGUGAGAGGGAUCCCGCUGCACCAGGGGCCCCUGUGAGAGGAUCCCGCUGCAUCAGGGGCCCCUGAACCUGUCCAGCCUUGCUGCCAUUGGAGCACAGGUGCCAGUCUUCUCCCCUCAGCCACAAAAUAUUCUUCUUACUUUUUGUGUUAAUUUUUCCUUGUGCCUGCAGUUGCCAAGACGACGGUCAGACGCGAAAGGGGCAGAGUCGUGGAGGCGGUGUCUUGUCUGUCGGCUUGACCUGUGAUUGGUGUGCUAAUCGCGUGCGCGGUUUCCGCGGGACCGUUGAUUGGCUGGUGUGGCAGACUGCAGCAUUCCAGCAUUGAGCCCAGGCUGUGACUGACGGGAGCCUCAGCCGGGUCCACAGGCCGCGAGGACCGUCUCUCCUGCUCAGCACAGCGGCAUCUCAAGCCUCUUUAAGGGGGUGGGGCUGGUGAUCGUGGGAGGGGUUUGCGAGUUGUGGGAGGAGUUAGGGGUGUGGAGAGAUAGGGCCGCCUUGGUGGCUAACCUAACGCUAACUAAGUUGCUGGUCAGUGUUCGGUAACGUUAGUUAGCUGCCAUUAUUGGUUCAAUUCAGUUCUGUUUGGCAACCUUAGCUGGCUGACCAUGAUGGCCUGAGGAUUUGCUGUGGGUCUCAUAUUUUGUAAAGUAACAACUUAAGGCUGGAGAAUAAGAUUCCUAUUCACUUCUCUCGGCUCAUAGGGGCUAGCUAGCUACCAUUAGCUGUGAGUCCACCAAUCAGAAAAUCCGACUAUACCGUAUAUGUAUUUUUUCCUAUUACGACUGCAGUUUGACUUCUAUGGACCGAUAUCCGUGGUUGGAGAGACUUUUUGCAUUUUUGACCAAAUUCAUAUCGUGGGUGAAUGUGCGGUGGUGGUGUGCCUUUGUUGCCACGGCGUUUGUUGCCAUGGCGGUUGGCUGGUAGGAGUAGGCGGGGUUGAGAACAAAGUGAGGAGGAGAGGUUUUUGAUUGUAAACACAGGAGCGAAGCAAGGGAGGAAAUCCUGCAUAGUAGGCCGUUAAAGAGCACUGAGCAUAGGGAUGGAGGGAGGGAGGGAGAGAGGGAGAGAGGGAGCGAGGGAGGGAGGAGUGUGUGGUUCAGGGUGGCACUCAGCUGAUGUGAGAAAGGGAGGGAGAGAGGGAGGGAGGGAGGAGUGUGUGGUUCAGGGUGGCACUCAGCUGAUGUGAGGGAUGGAGGGAGGGAGGGAGGAGUGUGUGGUUCAGGCUGGAGCAGACUUGGCGGUAUGCUGCGGUUCGUAGCAGUCAGACAGUAUUAAGCAGUAGCCGCAGAGAGGAGAGUCUGUUUCCGUAUACUGUGUACAGUGAAUGUAUGGUCAUGUGUGUCAGUGCCGUUGAGAUAUAUUUGGGUGUGUUUCCGUGGAGACCAGUGUUUCCUUUGUGUGUGAAGGCAGCAGAGGCUCUGUUAGACUGAAGGUGACUUCAGACCUGUCGUAAAUAAAACGUAAGACUCUGCUUUCUAAGAGCACAUGUGACUACAUUGUAAAAUAAAGACUGUGCCUCAGUA